GGCGACCACACCACCGCUGCACACACGGAGGCAGCACACGCGCCUCACGCCGGGGUGAAGUUGUAGUGUGCGGCGCGGCAGGUUCAGUGGUGGCCGGCGCCUACCUCCCUGGGUCACGGUGCGCAGUGGCGGGGCGCGAGGUGCCGUUAUUUGAGGUGCAAGGCAGUGCUUUGUGGCGCAACAACUGGUGCAAUCAUCGACACUCCCCGCCAGUCGUGUCUGGAGGCAGAUGGACGUCAAGGAGUAAGUGAAAUCCCCAAGGUCACGUGAGCUACAAUGGAGGGCGGCGGGCGGUGUGGUCAGUGUGGCGGCGAGGCCUCGCUGCGGUGCGGCGGCUGCAGCGUGGUGCACUACUGCAGCAAGAACCACCAGCGGCAGCACUGGCCGAUCCACAAGGCCCAGUGCUGGCCCUUCACGCUGGCCACCGACCCUGGGACGGGCCGACAUCUGGUGGCCUCCCGGAACCUGCAGGAGGGUCCAGCUGGUGGUGCGAGAGGCCCCGGUGGUUCUGGGUCCCACGGCAGACUCCUUCCCUAUCUGCCUGGGCUGCCACUGCCCCAUCACAGAGGAAGGCUUCUCCCGCUGCCCUCGCUGCUCCUGGCCCCUGUGUUCCCUUGACUGUGCCCGCCGCGCCGCUCCACCAGGCCGAGUGUGCCGUGCUGGCAACAGACACCAAAGGCGUGGCGGUGCCCCCCGGAUACGUUAAGACGCCGCGCUACGACGUGAUCUUGGUGCUGCGAUGUCUGCUGCUACAGGAGACGAACCCCGCGGCCUGGGAGAAGGUGCGCGCCAUGGAGAGUCAUGCGGAGAGGACGGCGGCAGGAGGAACGAGCCUCACACAGAGAUCGCCGUCGCCUACUUCACCAAGGUGCUGGACGCCGGUUGGGACGAAGAGACGGUGCGCCACGUGCACGGCGCCAUCAUCACCAAUGCCAUCAACACAUACGGUGCCCGCAGAGAGGCGCUGCGCGGCCUCUACACGACGCUCUACCUCAUGAACCACUCGUGCUGCCCCAACGUGACCAUCCGCUCAGAGCCAGACGGCACCGUGUAUGCGCGAGCCGCCGUGCCCAUCAAAAAGGGCCCAACCGCUGCUCUUCAGCUACCUCCCUCCCUCAGACCCGCUGUGGCGGCGCCAGGGUGACCUCACCAGUCUUUACUACUUCCGGUGCAAUUGUGAAAGGUGCAUAGACCACACAGAGCUGGGCACUUAUUUUUCUAGUCCACUGUGUCCACAGUGUUCGGGCGGCUUCCUGGAGCCUUACGAGGGAGGGGGACGCCCCUGGUCAUGCCCCGAGUGUGGGGAAGAGCAACCCGAGGAGGAGGUGGCGCGCCAAGCUGAGGAAUACGUGAAGCGCAUUCAGGAGGAAAGCACGGACAUGGAGGCGGCGCUACAGAUGUUGACAGACGCCGCCAACACCUUCCACACCAAUCAUUUCGUGUGGCUGACGGCAGCGCAGAUGGUGCUGCACCACCUGCAGGACUCCACCACGCCGCACACUCUCAGCGUUCGAAGGGACUUGUGGCAGCGAAUUAUAGGACUGUACCAGCGCCUGGAGCCCGGUGCUACCCGCAGGAAGGGUGUGUCGCUGUUCAACGCCGCCCUGGUGGAGAAGGAGGCGGUGGAGGUACAGAUGGCUGCCUCAGAGAAAAAGGUGCCCAGCAAGGGCCUGGAGGAGGGACUGAACCGCGCUGUCACCAUGCUGGACGCCUCCAUCAAGAUCCUGGAGCUCGAGCCGCCGGCAUCCACGGAGCUGCGGUGGCUGGAGGCGGCGAGGAAGGUGCGUGAACACAUGUUUGACCUCAUAGCGACCACGGGCGGGGUGGCAGUCGGCCAGUGACUGACACACCGCAACACUACAAACCUCGUAGAAAACUCACUCCGCGGCCCUCGGUAUCCUGGCUCUGGACACCUGAAGGCCCCCACCCUGCCCCGCCCUGGGCACGAGAAGAGGAAGGGCCACGCUCAACAUUAUAAUGUCGGCGGUGGUGUGUGUGUGUGUGUGUGUGUGUGUGUGUGUGUGUGUGUGUGUGUGUGUGUGUGUGUGUGUGUGUGUGUGUGUGUGGUGGUGGUGGUGGUGGUGGUUGGUGUGGAGGGGGGCACCACAAGGCCUGGUAGCAGCUGUGUGCACAAGGGGUUGUAUAAAGGAAUUUCUCACUC